AGUGAGCGGGAGCAUUGUUUUCCACGAUACACGUGUUACUGAACCCUAUAUCAAAGUGAAGUUUGAUCUUGUUUUUGCGUUGUUUUGUCAGUUAUGCCGCCGUUCUUAUACUUGCACCUUAUAUUGUCGAUUAUUGUGGGAAUCAUUCUCGCUCAAGAUGUCAUCUUCGACCCCCCUGAAACAGAAGGAUCCAUAGGGAGUUCCUGCACCACAAAGACUGGAGGGCGGGGCCACUGUAAGGAAUUUCUGAAAUGUCCAGGAAUUCGAGACACUUUCAGAACCAACCCUCCAGCCAUUUGUGGGUUCAACGGGAUUUCCCCGAUCGUCUGCUGUCCCGACGCAGUGACAACACCUGGAGGAUCCGAUCCAUCUCCAUCACCCGUCCUUGACAUUUCUCCUCCAAGUUCAUAUUCAAACUUUGCAUGUGGUCGAAGUGCAGUCAAAGUUACUUCCGAUAGAUUCAAGAGGGCCAAGGUGUUCGACAUUCCCGGUCUCCGGCGGCCCGAAAAUAAACCAGCAGUCGUAGGAGGAUUUGAAUCGCGAAGAAACGCAUGGCCUUGGAUGGCACUCUUAGGGAUUAAAGAAGCAGAUGGAUUCAACUGGUUCUGUGGAGGCGUUCUCAUCAACGACCAAUGGGUUCUCACCGCAGCUCACUGCCUGGACACUAAAUUACCCUCGACAGUUAGACUCGGGGAACACAACUACGCAACUACAAGCGACGAUUCCAACGAAGAGGACUUUGAAAUUUCGGAAACGAUCCGACACCCGAAUUACUCAUUCCCAGUCGCCUACCAUGACCUCGCUCUGUUGCAGCUCAAGACGAAGGUCAUUUUAAAGACAUAUAUAGCUCCUCUGUGCUUACCUUGGGGAGACGAAAGCCUGAAGGAUCUGACUGGAAAGACCGUGAAGCUAACUGGAUGGGGAGACACGGAAUUCGCCGGAAAGCCGAGUCCAGCCCUGCAGGAGGUAGACGUCACCGUGUUUCCGAUUUCCACUUGUCAGGAUGCUUACUCGACCCUGAGGCAGUCCAGAAUCCACUGGCCCAGAGGCAUCGGGCAGGAGACGGUUUGCGCUGGGCACGAGGAAGGAGGCCGAGACGCUUGUCAGGGUGACUCCGGCGGACCGCUAUCUUACAGGGGAGACGGCGGGAAAUACUUCCUCAGUGGAAUCGUGUCUACGGGAUACGGUUGCGGCAACAAGGACUUCCCCGGCAUCUACGCCAACGUCCUUCACGCUCCCCAUCUGGCAUGGAUUAAAAAAGUCGCUUUCUAAGGAAGAAGGAGCAGAGAAAAGAUUACGCCGUUGAUGGAUUGGCAGAUUGCGAGAAUGUGUUUGCUUUAUGACUGGUUCUGUUCACAGAGCAGGGAAUAAUGUUCCCUCUUCAAGUCCCUUACUUCUUGCAGCUAAACUCUGGUAUCUUCUCACCCAAAGCAGUCUUCAAUAUAAACCAUAUUGAGCGGCCCUGUUCUAUCCAUACUGAUAUAAGGGGAUUUGAAGCACCUCACUUUUCUCUUAACAAUGGUGUAGAAUAAACAGCCUGACACCAUGAA